AUGGCCGCCCCCGCCCACAAGUUCAAGGUCGCUGACAUCUCCCUUGCCGCCUUCGGGCGCCGCGAGAUCGAACUCGCCGAGAUCGAGAUGCCUGGUCUGAUGGCCAUCCGCGCCAAGUAUGCCGCUGACCAGCCUCUUGCCGGUGCUCGCGUUGCUGGUUGCUUGCACAUGACCAUCCAGACUGCCGUCCUCAUCGAGACCCUCACUGCUCUCGGUGCUGAGGUUACCUGGACUAGCUGCAACAUUUUCUCCACCCAAGACCACGCUGCCGCCGCCAUCGCUGCUGCCGGUGUCCCUGUCUUCGCCUGGAAGGGUGAGACCGACGAGGAGUACGAAUGGUGCUUGGAGCAGCAGCUUACUGCCUUCAAGGAUGGCAAGAAGCUCAACCUUAUCCUCGACGACGGUGGUGACCUGACUGGCCUUGUCCACAAGAAGUACCCCGAGCAGCUCAAGGACUGCUACGGUAUCUCCGAGGAGACCACCACUGGUGUCCACCACCUGUACCGCAUGCUCAAGGACAACAAGCUCCUUGUUCCUUCCAUCAACGUCAACGACUCGGUCACCAAGUCCAAGUUCGACAACUUGUACGGUUGCCGUGAAUCUCUCAUCGAUGGUAUCAAGCGUGCCACCGAUGUCAUGAUUGCUGGCAAGGUCGCCGUUGUUGCCGGUUUCGGUGACGUCGGCAAGGGUUGUGCCCAGGCUCUCCACAGCAUGGGUGCCCGUGUCAUUGUCACUGAGGUUGACCCCAUCAACGCUCUUCAGGCUGCUGUCUCCGGCUACCAGGUGACUACCAUGGAGGAGGCCGCCCCUGUUGGCCAGAUCUUCGUCACCACCACCGGUUGCCGUGACAUCCUUGUUGGUCGCCACUUUGAGGUCAUGCCCAACGACGCCAUUGUUUGCAACAUUGGUCACUUCGAUAUCGAGAUCGACGUUGCCUGGUUGAAGGCUAACGCUAAGUCUGCCCAGAACAUCAAGCCCCAGGUUGACCGUUUCCUCAUGGCCAGCGGUCGCCACAUCAUUCUCUUGGCUGAGGGUCGUCUCGUCAACUUGGGUUGUGCUACUGGCCACUCUUCCUUCGUCAUGUCGUGCUCUUUCUCCAACCAAGUCCUGGCUCAGAUUGCCCUGUACAAGGCUGGCGAUGCUGCCUUUGGCGCCAAGUACAUCGAGUUCGGCAACGAGGGCAAGCGCCCCGUUGGUGUCUACGUCCUGCCCAAGGCUCUUGACGAGCAAGUCGCCAAGCUUCACUUGGAACACGUUAACGCCAAGCUCACCGCCCUCACCCCUGUCCAGGCCGAGUACCUUGGUCUCGAUGUCAGCGGUCCUUACAAGAGUGAAAUGUAA